AGUGUGAAAAUUUUAAAACUAAUCAAGCAGGUGUAUAAAUAAAUAAUGGAAAACCAACGUUUGUUAAAAAACGAAAAUUUGGAAGAUGCCAGUUCGGAUGAAAACGACUGGACUGACGGCUCCAGUUAUAGUUCCUGUUAUUCUGAUUCAGAUAGUAGGCAUGGUGGACGUGGGAUAAAAUCUUUUCCAACGUGGAAAUUGGUGGUUUUAGCACACUCUGUAUGUACCUGUAAACUAGUUUUAAGCAAAGUAGGCCGUGAAAUUGGCAAUUACAUUUUCAUUUUGACCAAAAAUACAGCCUACUUAGCUUUCCAGGAAUUUAAAAAUCCGGACACAAAACCUUCCAUGCUUUCUAAGGAACUAUGUACUUUUUGGUGCAUUGAUACAAAAAUCCCAGAUGUCGGAAAACUAGGGCAAUACUAGGGCUUAAUUAUUUCAUUAACAAAAACCGCUUGACAAAUUAUUCAUUAAACUUUGUGAAGAUGUCUUGCAGUCGAUAAUGAUAUAUAGGAAAUUCGAUGUUAUAUUUGAUUUUAAAAUGUUUUCAGCUCGUUGCGCCAUUUCCGAAUGACAAAUAUCUAAUCCUAAUCUCUUACUAGGUUUAUUUUAUCGGUUUUUAUUUCUAUGGUAUAUUUUAAGGUCACCACCAUUUGGUAUCAAUAAAUUUGACCACUCCAUGAUUCAUUCAUUGCAGAGCUCUACUUGCAUCUUGUGGAGAUCGUGAUAUUUGUUGAUAACCCUAGGCUUUUAAAAAGCUUAAACACUUAAACAGUAUUUCCUUUCCAGAUGUCACUUACUGUCCAUCAUUAAUUUAUAUUGAAUUACGUUUGGGUAAGAGGUUUCGUUCAGCGUUAGAAUAAGUUUUUUGGGGCAUUUGGGAUUUUUGAUCUGCAUUUAACUCCAUAUUUGGUUCGAUUCUCCAAAAAAACAUCAAAAAUAGUGCUAUAUUUUGUAUCCAACUACGAAUGUGUGACAUCGAGAACGCGGUUUCAAGAUUUUACUUUUACAGUACAAUUCCCGAUUGGGAACCAUACGUGGAUGACCUUUCUGGCGAGCUGCUCUACGUGGAUUGUCACCCGUUCGUGACGCAAAAUAAGGACCACAACCCAAAAGAGCCGCCCCAACCCUUUUCAAAAACUCAACUGAGGAAAAGCACAAGAGGCAAAUUCCUCCGGUUGAUUCGGCGGCGCGAGAGUAAAAGACGAAGUCGAAAGGGACCCAAGCCCUUAGACGAUGUCGUGGAGAACUCAAACACUCUCAAGGUUAAAUUUCAAGACUGCCAAGAGGGCGAAGAAAAAGACGUCACACUGGAAAUCGACUCCGAGAACCGGUACAACUUGUCCAGCGAUAAAUCGCUGGCCGAAUCUCUAUUAGGCAUUAACGUUAGCACCUUAUCGGAUGGCAAUCGCGUAAUGAUAGCAGGUUUCUCUUUCGACAGCAAAGCGAAAAAUGAACGCAACAUAAAAAUAGGGGACUGGCUGAAAAGCAUAAACGGCAUCGACGUAAACGUAGACAAUCUGGACGACAUUCUCCAGAAAUUUAUCAACCACGAUGAAGUGUUGCUCAAACUUCAAAGAGUGGCAGCCACUGAGGUCACGAAAGAUCCGCCCAUAAACGAACUCAACCUCGAAUCGAAUUUCGUAAAGGAGUUGAUGAACUGCAAGGCUGAAGACGAAGCGACUUUGAUGCAAGCUCUUUGCAAACACCCCGUAGGUGUCGUAUACUUGGACACCGAAAAAUUGAACGAGAAUAAGCAGCCGAAUGAGGACGUCAUUUACUGUUUUCCCAGGCCGCUGCAAAGAAACGCGCUGUGCAAUGCGCGUGGCAGCUUUAUCACCUUGAGCCAUUUGUUACAAGAUGUGACUAAUUCCGAUGCAAAUUCGAGUACGUUUUUUUACAAACAACGUCUCGUACAUAUCGUUUAUACCAAAUUGGAUAAAAAGUUGUUGUUAUUUAUGUUGCCGGACGACAGAUUAAGUAUUAAAGAGGUCAGUUUGCUUCAUGAGCAACUGGUUCGACUUUUAGAAUUUUCUUACGAGUCCGUCGAUCAGUGUUUCACCACUGAGCGGCACGCGAAUCAAGUCGACUGGUUUUUCUCGAGGUUUUUCGCCAGAAUAAUGAGCGAUUGCAGUUGGGCCACUAUCAAACAGUUUCUCGAGCAACAAGAUUCGAAUGAAGCGACUCCGUGUUUAUUCGAAGAUGUUUUACCUUAUGUACCGAACCUUAACCUUCAGGAUGAGGCUCUAAUGCAGGUAGACGAUGCUCUGGCCGAGUUAGAAGCGAGUGAUUACAGGGAGUGGAAUGAAGAACCACUGGACUGUCAGCGUUUGUUCACCAUUUUGGGCAGCGCUUUAUUUCACUCAGGUUACCUAGUCGCCUCUCAUUUUAUACAAGACGAUUUGAUAGACGUCUGCUGCUUCUGCAAACAGCAAGGUUUCUUCUACCUCUCGAGGUCUGAACCCGUAAAAUCGCUGGUAUUUUGGAAAGAAGUGUUCCCUUCAUCUUGUAAAAAUUUUCCUAGUGCAAUAAAAUUCCCAUUAGCCAGGAGAUAUCUGUUGAUUGUAGGGAGCGGAAAAGAUCUGUUAACUGUGUUAAUGGAAGCAGGUGGUUGCACUGAGUCAGCCGAACCGAAUAUGGGCCCUGACGCAUUUUAUGUGGAAGAAGCUCAAGCCACUUUGGCGCAUGUGCAAGAAUUGGGUGUUGGUGAGUUGGCAGAUCGCUCCGUAGCAAAUAAUUCCGGCUUUGGAAUCGUCACUCCGACUCCUCCGGCGAGCAAGAAGAAAACCGAUUUCAUGGGCACUCUGAACUUUCCACGAGCAAGCUCUUCGUUGGUGAAAGAGCCCGCUCCAAGUGCAAAACGGACGGAAGUUACGUCGAUUUUGAAACGUCGCAGUUCGGAUCAGAACUUUUCGUCUUCGUUGGUGGAGGACGUGUACGAUGCGUAUUCAGAGGGUAGCGAUAGCCAGUGCUACAGCGAGAGGAUGAGCGAGAUUAGUGACGAUUCGGGAAUUCGGCAGAAAAAUGACGAGGAUUCUGAUACAGACGAAUUUAUGGAUGGCAGUCAAAUUAGCACCAGCAGCUUUGAUAUAUCCGAAAUGAGGCAGUCUUUACUUUCUGAAAUGGGCGAUUAUGUUCCAGUUCAACUUACAGUAGGAGAAACAAAUAUUUUGUACGAUUUUAUCCAUUUGGAUGCCACAGAAGGUAUAUUAAUAAGCCCAUUAGAUUGCAACUUGAAGUCGCAAACCUACCACAAUAUAACCAACAAUUUCAGAAGGUGUUGUCAAAUUAUUCACGGAGUAUUUCAGAAUACAUUGAGGUUUAAGAAUAUGCCAGCUCAGGAUAUCGCCAAGACAUUGAUGAACAAAAGUUUGAUAGCAAUCAAAGAGUACGGAGUGGUAUUUGAAUGCUUGUAUGUUGAUGAAAAAGAAAAUAAUAAAAGAAACAAAAUCACUUACUGGGUUGUGGGGAGAUUAUUUUAUAUGCCACAUCCGAGGGAAGUCUAUGUUUGUUAUCAAGAACUUGUUCCACAAAAUAUGGUUGAAUUAGCUUUUAAAAUUGGAUUAAAUUGCUCAUUUUAGAAGUUUGUUGGGUUUUAGUUCCAUUUUUGCAUUACCUUUUUUAGAUAGGUUGAUUGUGACAUCUUACAUAUAAAACAUGGAAAGUUAUUCUCUUCUUGAGAUUCGCGGUGUUAAAGCUAAAAGGUAUGUUCAUAGAAAAUUUAACCACCAGUUCUAAACCAAUGUAAUAUUGUAAUCAGCUUAAAAUUUUCUAAUUUUUAAAAUUCAAAAAAAAAAGAUUUUUUUAAACUAGUAGAAAAUAAAAUAUUGAUUUUAAAGUAUAUUGACAUUGAUAAAUUAAAGUGUUCUUUAUUUUAUAUAGAUCAGGAAGCCUUUCCUAUGGAUAGUGCUUUAGGAUGGGUGCAACUUCUAAGAGUUAAAAAUGUUUGCACGCUUAAUAAAGUGAAA